AUGUUGGGCUCCGCCCAUCGCGCUGUCGUCCUGCGCCACCCAGCUACCUCCGCCGUCCUGUCCGCCGUUUUCGCCCGGGCCACCCUCCCAUCGCCAUCGGCCCCUGUCGCGCGCUCCCCAUCUUCUCCCCACGCGCCCACACCAUGCGUGCCUCCGUCCCAGGUUGCCCACCGCCCGCCUCCGCUUGACCGGGGUGAUCGAGGGGGGGGGGGGGGGGGUGGUUGGGGGGCCAGGCGGGGACGUAUGCCGUGGGUUGCCCCACCCGCACUUGCCGCUGAGCAGCGUCAUCCGCGAAGGAUAGCUGCUUCCCGCGGCUUAGCGCGUAGGCAGCGAGAGCCGGUGGCGGGGCUUAGUGGUGGGCGCACAGGUGACGGAGAGGGUGGUGGAGUCGCCAGGCGCUGGAGCGUGCGCAGCAUUGAUGGAGGAGAGCAGGGGAGAGGGGUGGGAGAGGACCCCCCAGCCCUUCCGGCAGCGUUUGAGGGAGUGCAGCGGUGGGUGGUGUUCUCGGACCUCCACGUGUCGCGCGGCAACGCCGAGCUGUGUGCCGCGCUACUCAGCCACGUGCACCAGCUCACCAAGGACAGGUGCAUAAGGCAAUGUAGCCGGUUGAGUUGA